AUGAAUAAACCCUUACGAUUGAGACAUCCUUUAAUUAAAAUCAUUAAUAACUCUUUAGUUGAUUUACCCGCACCAACAAAUAUUUCAUUUUGAUGGAAUUUUGGAUCCCUACUAGGGCUAUGUUUGGUAAUUCAAAUUGUAACUGGACUAUUUUUAGCUAUACAUUAUACAUCAAAUAUUGAAAUAGCAUUUAGUAGUGUAGUUCACAUCUGCCGAGAUGUAAAUAAUGGCUGAAUUAUUCGAACCUUACAUGCAAAUGGAGCUUCUAUAUUUUUUAUUUGUAUUUAUUUGCAUGUAGGACGAGGAAUUUACUACGGAUCUNNUAUAUACAUACACACCUGAAUAAUUGGUACAGUAAUCCUAUUUUUAGUUAUAGCAACUGCAUUUAUAGGAUACGUUUUACCUUGAGGUCAAAUAUCAUUCUGAGGUGCAACAGUAAUUACUAAUUUAUUAUCAGCAAUCCCAUACUUAGGAACAGAUUUAGUUCAAUGAGUGUGAGGAGGAUUUGCUGUUGAUAAUGCAACAUUAAAUCGAUUCUUUACAUUCCAUUUUGUAUUACCAUUUAUUAUUGCUGCAAUAGCAGCAAUUCAUUUAUUUUUCCUCCACCAAACAGGGUCUAAUAACCCUUUAGGACUAAAUGGAGAUAUUGAAAAAAUUCCAUUUCACCCAUACUUUACUUUCAAGGACUCUAUUACAUUUGUAUUAAUAACAUCAUUAUUAAUUAUAUUAUGCUUGAUCAAUCCUUACCUCCUAGGAGAUCCGGAUAAUUUUGUACCUGCAAACCCAUUAGUAACUCCUGUCCAUAUUCAACCAGAAUGGUACUUCUUAUUUGCAUAUGCAAUUCUUCGUUCAAUCCCUAAUAAACUUGGAGGUGUUAUUGCGUUAUUCCUAUCAAUUAGAAUCUUAAUAAUUUUACCAUUUUAUAAUAAAACACCAUUCCGAGGUAUUCAAUUCUAUCCUAUCAACCAGAUUUUAUUCUGAAUUAUAGUAGUUGUUGUAUGCUUAUUAACAUGAAUUGGAAAACGGCCUGUUGAAGAACCUUAUAUUAUAACAGGACAAAUCUUAACAAUUAUUUACUUUACAUACUUCUUAAUUAAUGUGCAUGUUGCAAACGCAUGAGAUAAGCUAAUUAAGGAAUAA